AUGUCUGAUUCAUCAAUUUGCAAUAUCAUUCGUUAUUGUCCAAAUCUUAAACAUCUCGAUGUUAUGAACUGUCAGAUUUCUGAAUUCGGUAUUCAUUCAUGUAGUAAUAUAGAAUAUCUUGAUAUUGCCUGUUGUUCAUUCAUUCCUGAAUCGACUAUUAAUAAAACUACCAAUUUUGUCCUAAACUCCAACAUCUUAAUCUCGGGUAUUUCUAAUGAAACUAUCAAAGAAAUAGCUCAUUCAUGUCCUAAUCUGAAUUUCCUUAUUUGGAAUACUAAGAUUUCGAUGACAGCUAUGAAUGAACCAACUCAAGUGAUUCGGAAACAGAAUCUGAGUUUGGCGCCUCCAAUUCUGAAUCAUCUAGCGCCCGGUCUAGCACAUCCCGAUUCUGAAUCUGAUUCUGAAGAUGAGUUCAAUCUGCCUAUAAUCAAACUAUCACAAGUGGGUGAUUUUAUGACUAUGCUCAAUAAUUAUCUCAAUCAAGAUAAUACCAGUAUUAAUGAUACCGAUACUGCAAUUAAUCGGAAUUUGGUUAAGAUGCUUAUUUGUCUAGAGAUUGUUCCUCCAACUUUCUUGAGAAUUUUAUCAGUGCACAUGAAAGGUCCCAAAAAUCCUGGUUUGAGACGGCAGUCGACUUCUUGA